AUAAUUAUCUUCGCUUGCCCGUCUGCUCAACUGUACUCGUGUUUGUAGUCGACGCUAGAGUGUUCAACUGUUCAGCCGGAAUACGGUGCUAGUGGUUCAGGAAAAUUGUUCGUUUUGAAAAUGGCAUUCAGUAACAACAGAAUGACAUCGUUGCUGUUCCUAGUCCUGCUCGUCAUCAUAUCGCUAAUUGACUACACAGCCGGAGAAACGUACGAAUGCGGCAUCGAAAAUUAUGGCCCCGAAAACCAUCAGUAUUGCGUGUUCCGAAAUGUCAACUAUUCUAAAAAUACUACGAGCAUUACAUUCAAAGCUCCAACCAUCAAACAACAACGAGUAGUCUUCGAGAACUCUGAUAUGGAAUACUUACCGAAAGAAUUUUUGGAAAAAUUUGGCAAUGAUCUGAAGGUGCUUAAUGUUUCCGGUUGCAAGUUAAGGUCCGUCGUAAUAACCAGAGCACUUGAGGAGCUGUACGCCAUUGAUAACUUCAUAGAGCAAGUGAUUGUGCAUCAGAAUGCGCAGAGUUCGCCAAUGAAAGAAAUUUAUCUACAGUCGAAUCGGUUGAAGGAUAUUUCAAACAUCACUAAGAGCUGCAAGAAUAUAAGAAUUUUAGAUCUCAGUCGGAAUCAAGAACUGGCACCUGAAAGUAAGUUUGAUCUGUCGAUGUUUGAAGGAUUCAUGCAGUUGGAGUACCUUCUACUGGCUGAUAUUGGAGCGUUCUAUUUAGACUACAGUAAAAAAGUCAACAUACCUUCACUAACUUUGCUGGACUUGUCUAUGAACAAUCUGCUGUCAAGUGAUCUUCGUUUAGAUUAUCUCUCCAGUUUGGAAAAACUAGAAAUGCUGAGAUUGAAUGACAAUAAUAUGGCUCAAUUGGAUUAUACACUCCUCGUGGAAAUGAAAUCAUUAAAGCAAGUGUUCCUCGAAGGUAAUUCAUUCGAUUGCAAUUAUCAGCGGAUAAUGAUCAAGUUCCUAAACGAAAACAACAUUCAAACUCCGGUCGCUCGACCAGCCAGAAACUGCCCAGCUGGGUUCAAGAUUGAGUCACAAAUGUGUUGCAAAUCGGAAAUGAUGAUGCCCGGCAAACCGAUCACCGGUCGUCCCUUGCUUCCAAUUGAUACCAAUGCGCCAGCUGUACCGCAAAUACCAUUGCUCAACGAGGCCACCACCAAACGAAUGGAUACAACCGCCAUGACCGGUACCACUAAACCGAAAUCCGAUUCGAGCUCAGAUAAUGGAGUCACCGGCCUCCGCUUGAACGCUGUCAGCACUCUGGCAUGUUUUGCCAUGAUUCUAAUGCUGCGUUAUUAAACCCAUGUCAUCACCUAGACCCUGUAGCGGUGAAAAGUCUGAAAAACACUAUUGUGGUUCGAACAAUGUUCAACCGAAAACCCUACAUCAACCGUAGAGCUUACUGUUUUGGCUGCACUUCUUCGCAUCUUGAAGAACUGAACGUUCCACUUAGUCUAAGAUCAUAUGCAACACCGAGGAUUAUUAUUCAAGAGUGAAAGGAAAUAUAAAAGUUACUGUUUACGUGAUCGAUUCGCACCCCCAUCGCAACACAACUUUUGCGGUUGUCGACGGUUUAACUUCGAAACUUUAAUCACAAUUCGCUUUGCAGAAACAACAUAAAUCGCAACAAAUUUGCCUCUUUCCCGUCGGGGAACCAUUACGCCAUAAAUGUGAAAAUGUGAACCAGAAGCUUUUCCUCAUCACAGCAGGUAUGAGAACUUUAGGAUAGAUGGAAGUGCUCUUAAGUGUAACGAACUGAAACACGGUGUUUGGAAAUAUUUUGUCUCAUCGAUCGAGCUAUAAGCUAACGUCCUGGCAGAAUUUUAAUCCGCCGAGGUAACGAAGGAGAAGGUCCGUUUGUGCGUCAGCAGCAGCCAUUGUAAUUAGAUAAGCAAAACAUAUAAAACGUAAGAUUGGAAACGUCAACCAACGAAACCGGUGAUAGGUUGGAGCAGGAGAAGAUACAACACACAGAAAAAUAUCAGUAAUCAAUUAAUCCAAUUAAGGAUGUUAGGAAAGUAGUCUUUCGAGUAAUCCAGAGUACUGUGCUAGAUUUUCUUUCGCUUUCUGAGAGCUCUCAGACUCUGUGGCUUGGUUUGCGAUUCAAUCGAAUAAAAAGUAAUUAUGUUGCAAUACGUUGUAAAAAAUAUUUUGUGCUUUUCUAGACUUUAAAUGUAGGUUUUUAGAACUGGACUCGAAUUUCCGUGGAUUUAUUUCUAGCUGUUCCUAAAUAAUAUUGUGUUUUAAAGGCCAACACAAUAUUCGGCAUUAGUGGUAAACAUAUCUUUUAAAUUGAAAAUCACGAAAACCUAAGAAUGCCCAGAAAUACCGUGCAAUUCUACUGUUUGUGAGGUUUUAAAACUUCAUAUAUUUUCAGGCCACACUUCAAAAAAACAUCCCAAUUCUAACUCAUCAAGACAUUCUAUUCAAAGACAUACUCCUUCGCUCAAAAUUCAGACAAAUGUUAAAUAAGCCAAAUAUAUCUGAUUUGUACAAGUAUACGUCAUCAGAGAUAAAGUCCUAGUUGAGAAAAUAUUAUGCAAUAUAUGUUAUUAGCAAUUAGUAUUAUCUGAUAUAACAGUUGAGAUUAUGGUUUCCCAUUCAAGCUAGGUAAUACCUACACAUUUCCUAUUACAUUAUUCGUUUGCAACUAAUCUGCCUAUAAUUGCAAAUCAGUCCUAUGUAUCAACUAUCAAAAAACUUUGGACACAUAUGCGAUUAUAGGGAGUAAUGUACAUAAAUUAUAAUUAUCUUUCACGGGUAUUUACUUCUGAUUGCUCUCAAAAACACCUUUAACUCGAUCGAGUCUUUUGUUCUCAACUAAUUACUACUACGGCCAAGAAAAGUUCAGUAUAUUCAUGAAUACGUCAGUAGAUAACAAUUUAGGAAUACUAUUAGGUUCAUCAGCUGAGUUGGUUGACAUAGACGGACAAAUAAUCCCAAAGGAUAUCAAACAGUUGUUUGCUUGGCAAACAUUUAUUUAUACCACGUAGUAAUGAAACUGCUAGCUAACAGCCUUUUCAAAUCAUUGUUUAACUUGGUUUGAUUAUGGGUAUUAACGAAACCAAAGAUCCAAAUCCCAUUCGAAACGGAGAAAUUUGAGCUUUAGAAAGUUUGUCGAGUUUGAAUUUAAACCUACAUAACUAGUUGCUAGUCAAGAACAUUCAUAACGAUCGUAUUUGAAAGCGCUGUUAAGGUAGUUCGAAACAAAAAAUAUUUUUCAUUCUAGUCCACUUAGCCAUACAAGUAUCGAACCAAUUAGCAGUCGAUUAAAGCAUGACCCGCAGGCCAAGAGACAAAGUUAUGUAGUAGCGCAGAUUUGUUUGGGUGUGGUGAUUUGGUAGUUGUUUGCGUCAUCAGAAAUAUCAUAAUUCGUCCGUGAAUGAAACGACAACAUAGUGCAGGAACCGUUGCUUAGUUAAGCAAAGCUUUCUACGUAAUUAUUUUGAUACUCCCAAUAGAUAUGGAGUAUGAUGCAAUGACAGAGAACCUAAAUGAUUGUAAUGCAGAAAUAGAGUUAAUAGAAUGGUAGCUGUAGACAUUGUGGAUUAUUAGCGACCACGUCAUAGGUCAAAGUUUGGCUUUUAGCAACCGAUUUUUGAGAAAGGUGUAAUUUGCACGAAUGUAAGGUAAGAAAAUUUGCUGAUGCAUUUUAUAGAUUUUAGUCAUUCUUUGUCUGCAGGUUUAUCGCCAAAGUUUACUUGUUUUUAGCAUGUGAUACACAAUAAAUCUUUUGCUAACAGAA